UGAGUUUGUAACGUUGACCCAGGCCGUUCGAGACGAGUUAGAAAUAUGUAAUGGAAGUUGGUACGAUGUUGCUCAGCCAUCAGGAAAUAACGUCGAUGUUUCAGUAAAAGUAUUAUUAUUAGUUUAAUUGAUUCGGAGACGGGACGCUGUUUCUUCGGCCAUUAACACCGACAUCUCCUUGUUUAGUGGUCGGACGCCAGUCUUGAUUCUAGGGGCCGUUUUGCAGCAGCGCCUUCCAACUGAAGUUAUCUGGUGGUGGUGGCUGUGGUCCACGGCGGCCUGACAGGUGGAGAUAUGAAGGACGCAAUGGUUCUCGUUGAGCGGUUCAACGCCCAUCCAGACUCUCGUUGCUGGCAUGUUGCCUGGAACCCUACGGCCACUCUGAUGGCCUCCUGUGGAGGCGACAGGGCCAUCAGGAUAUGGGGGAAGGAAGGCGACUCCUGGAAGUGCUUGAGUGUGCUUCAGGAUGGGCACCAGCGCACCGUGAGGAGGGUCGCCUGGUCUCCAUGCGGGACCUAUCUCGCGUCGGCCAGCUUCGAUGCAACCACAUGCAUCUGGAAGAAGAAGAAUGAUGAUUUUGAGUGUUUGACGACUUUAGAAGGGCAUGAAAACGAAGUCAAGUGUGUGACAUGGGCACCUUCAGGAAAUCUACUGGCCACAUGUAGCCGAGACAAGAGUGUCUGGGUUUGGGAAGUUGACGAGGAGGACGAGUAUGAGUGUGUGACUGUGAUAAACUCGCACACACAAGAUGUCAAACUCGUGGUCUGGCACCCGACACUUGAGCUUCUGGCUUCAGCCAGCUACGACAACAACAUAUGUGUUUACAAGGAAGAGGACGAUGACUGGGAGUGCAAGGCUACCUUGGAGGGACACACGUCCACCGUCUGGAGUUUGACCUUUGACCCAAGCGGACAGAGGAUGGCGUCAUGUAGCGACGACCGGACCGUGAAGAUCUGGAAGUGUCAGAACAUAGAGGGACCGGGAGACAUGUCUUGGAAGUGUGUGUGCACUCUGUCAGGCUUCCAUGAGCGGUCAGUGUACGAUAUUGCUUGGUGUCGUUUAACCGGUGCUCUGGUGACGGCCUGUGGUGAUGACGGAGUCCGUGUGUUUAAAGAGGACUCGACCGCAGACCCCGAACAGCCCGUGUUCUCCCUGGCGGCUCACGUCAGCAAAGCCCACAGCCAGGACGUGAACUGCGUGGCGUGGAACCCCAAGGAGGCCGGCGUACUGGCGACCUGUAGCGACAACGGAGAGAUAGCAAUCUGGAAGUACCAGGAUGACCACGAAUAGAGGAUACAGGACUGCUUCUGUGGCAGCCUGUCUGCCCUAGUGUCAGACAUACUGCUUCUGUGGCAGCCUGUCUGCCCUAGUGUCAGACAGACUGCUUCUGUGGUAGCCUGUCUGCCCUAUACUGCUUCUGUGGCAGUACGUCUAGCCCUAGUGUUAGUUUCUCAUACAGUAAAUAUGAUCAGUGUUGUAGCACCAGGUUGGUUGUUACCUACAUUAACUUGCCAACUUUAAAGUGUUGAUGCCUCUUAUAGCUUGUGAUUGCACUUUUCUGUAAGCAAAUGUUUUUUAUAAAAUUAACGCACAUUAUACCAAUAAUAAAACUGAACAGAUUGACUGACUUAUCUGUGAAUUAUUAAUACACUAGUAAUUUCAUUUUAGCAUAAUUUUUUUUAUUGAAAAACAAUUGGGCCAGAACAAGUACAAUAAUGCAGUUACAAAUGAUCACUUGAUCAGUUUCCCAGCACAGAUCGACUGGGUUAACAUGGUUGUUAAAUAAUUUGUUGACGCCUUAUUAAAAUUGACCUUGUAUUUAAGUAUUUUGGCCCUUAUAUA